AUGGCUGAGGACAGCUUUCAUAUGCCCCCACGGCAGAAGAUAAAGAUUUGUAAAGCUGCUAGAGAAGCAAAUCCAAAUCCAAACCACAAUGGAUUUUCUUCGAGCAGGAGCAGCUUUGGGGAUUCCUCAGGUGUAGAACCUCAGGAUGCAGAUUACUCAUAUUUUCCCCAGCUCAGUGAUGAGCUAGAGAAUUUGAUUUUGGCUCGAUUUCCUAGAUCGGAGUUUUGGAAACUUUACUUGCUAAACAAGCAUUACUUAAAUCUUCUAAAGAGUGGUGAGUUAUUCAAAAUUAGAAGGGAAAUUGGGUUUAAAGAAUCAUCUAUAUUUAUGUCACCUAUUGGGGGAAAUUGUUGGUGGGCAUUUGAUAGGCUAUUCAAAUCUUGCAGAAAGCUCCCAGUGUUACCUUCAUCAGAUGUGUGCUUUAUAAGUGGAGAUAAGGAAUCAAUUUGUGCUGGGAGCCAUUUGAUUGUGUCAGGUAGGGAGACUGAAGGUUCUGUUGUGUGGAGGUUUGAACUGGAAACAAGUAAAUGGUUUAAGGGUCCUUCAAUGAUCGAUCCUAGAUGUUUAUUUGCAUCUGCCACCUGUGGUUCCUUUGCUUUUGUAGCUGGUGGGAUUGGGAUGGACUCGAAAGUCUUGAAUUCAGCAGAGAAAUAUAAUCCUGAGGCUAAAUCAUGGGAGCUGCUCCCAAGGAUGCAUCAGAUGAGGAAGCUGUGCUCCGGUUGCUUCAUGGAUAACAAAUUUUAUGUAAUUGGAGGGAGAGAUGAGAAGGACAUGGAACUCACUAGUGGAGAGGCUUAUGACAAGGAUAAAAACACAUGGGAAUGGAUCCCAGACAUGUUGAAAGAUGAUACCCCAGUUGCAACACGCCAAUCUCCACCUCUUGUUGCAGUGGUGAACAAUGAGCUUUACUGUCUCGAAACAUCUUCUAAUCAGCUGCGGGUCUACCUCAAGAGCUGCAACACAUGGAAGAGUUUGGGAGCAGUACCAGUUAGAGCUGAUAUUCAUAGGGGAUGGGGUGUAGCAUUCAAGUCUCUUGGCAAGGAGCUGCUAGUGAUUGGAUUGUCGUCUUCAGUUUCAAGUGGUGGCAUGACCAUCUACACUUGCACCCCACAGCCUGACACAGCAGAAUUGCAAUGGAGGUGCAUUGAGGGCUGCAAAGACCGGCUUAAUUUCUUUCUUCUGAACUGUUCUGUUAUGGCAGCUUGAAUUUUGCUUAAUAAUGUUUAACAGGCUUUCCUGAAUAAAAACCAGAUUGUGUAGGUAGGGAGUUGAAAGAAACUUCACCGUGGUCUCAUGUGUAAUUUGGUUUAAACUCUCGUUAGAUAAUGAAGGUUUCAGACUCUACUGAUUCUAAACUAAUAUUUCAUAAUUUCCCUUGAAUAAAUAUUUUUUUUGGAUUGUAUAAUAUUUU